ACAACCAAAAUCACAUAAUUGGGCGUGCAUUUCAAAAUGAGUGGGCGCAGGUAUGCCCUGCCAUGGCUUGACUGGGCCGAAUGGCAGGAGGUGCAUGUGGGUCUCUUCAGCAGUGACCCGUUCGCCCAGCAGCGCGUCGUCUCUCGUGUGGCUUCCUGGCGCAGUCGUGUGCAGCUUCCUGUCGCUAUCAACGCCACGGCGCAGCUUGUGGAGCUGCAGCUGCAUGAGAGUAUGGCGCAACAUCAUCAUCACGCGGUGGGUGUGAGCUCGCGAUCCCACAUGGAACUUUCAUUGCUGUACGCGAGUGUCAUCGUGCGUUGCGUGAAUGGUCUAGUGGACGGCUCACAGAAAGGAGCGUAUGCCACGGCCGUCAGCACAUUGGCACAACGGAUCGGCAUCCCGCUCUGGAUCGUAGACCUGCGUCACGAAUCCUCACAUAACCAGUUGCCGUCGCUACCGGUAUUACGCUUCGCCGCUCAGCAUCUACUGGCAUGGCUUCGUUCUAACUAUUGGGGAGCUCAGGAGGACCUGAUUCGAGGUCAAGUGCAUCAUGUGGCGCAUUGGCUGUUUGAACAGCUUCCACACCUGAACAAGCAGUCGAGCGAUGAAGAGAUGCAAGUGGGCGCGACACAGGACGUUCCAAAGCCAGUGUUGGAUGCAGACAAUCUACGCAAUAUUGUGAUACCAUUGCUGGUGGUAGGAGAGCAGUACAGCGAGUGCUUAGCUCCGACUGGGCUGCUGUUCCUCGAAGCAACGCCGCCUGAAGACCAAGAUGCUGCUGAGAUCUUCCAAAAGGAAACAUUUAUCACUUUGUUACUGCAAUUGCAGCCACUGUGGAGAGGGUUUAGUGCCUCGUUGCUAGCGAAGUUAUGUCAGAAGGUGUUUGAUACGAUCUGUCCGCCUAAGUCUCGUCGACAAAGCGAAGAGGAGGGAGAAGAAACCACACAAGAUGGACAGAGCAUAAAUGCUUUACAGCAGAAUGAAGUGGACAUGACGCUACACUGGAUUAAGUUCAUGGUGAGCAGCGAAUACCGUGCGAGGAUAAAGCUUCAAAUCGGCCCAAUUGAAGAUUUGUGCCAAUGUGGAGCUGAAAUGCUUGCUCUUGCCGAGAACCUCAAGGCUAAUGAAGCCGCAGAAGAUCAAACCGAUUUGCUAGAACGUUUGCUGACUACAUUGAGGUCAAGUAAGGGUAUUAGAAACCACUCAACUCUAGCAACUGAAGCCGCAAUUGCUACCAGUUUAGCAACGGAGUCCGACGCAGGCUGGACCCAAUUGCCGGCUUGGGUGGAGAGCCCACUUGGGCUUCGCUACUGCUACACUAGUCACCGCAGCUCCAACCAGCGUCAAGUGUGUGAGUUUUCACAUGACGACGACAUGUUGACGCCAGACAGCACGGCGUUUGUCGCUCCUGACGAAGACGAAGAGGACAACACCAAAGUGGACCCUGAAGAUGCAGAGAAAGCUAUCGAUGCUCUUAUGGAGGAUUUGGAUGCAGCUUACGACACCGCUCUUCAACACAACCUUGAGUUACAGACCAUGAUCGCUCGUGACGGCCUUCGGCAAGGCAGUAGCACUACAGUGCUACACAAACAAGAACUGCAGCGUAUUCAGGAGGAGAUCGAGAUCUGGUAACCAUAACAUAGCGUGCAAAUAGAGACUUGAACCGUUAGGACACAUGUUCGUCUUCCAUUAUUCGGUCAGAGGAGAGCUGGCAGCUUCCAUGAGUCUACAAAAUAAACUUGGAGAGGUC